AUGGCGGAUGACGCCGAGCUCGACCUUCUUAAUCACAAACUCCAGCUUCAACAAGUCGAAGCUGCUCUAGAGCUAGACAAGGAUAAUGAGGAGCUGAAGAUUCUUAAAAGAGACCUAGAAGAAGUCAUCAAGCUGUCGCUUGAGUUGUUAGGGAAGACGGCAGACACUAAUGAGAUCGAUUGGAAAGUUGGUGACCAGUGCAUGGCAAUGUGCUCGCGGGAUAAACUUUAUUACAAGGCGACCAUUCUCGAAUUUUUGGGCGAAACUAGUUGUGUAGUGAACUUCGAGACGUAUGAUACGACAGACGUGUGCCAGAAAUGCCAUCUGAAGCCCCUUACAACCGUGGCACCAGUUCCAAAGAAAAAGAAACAGCGAGAUGUGAAAGCCAGGGCGAUCGAGAAGAAGAAGCAAAAGAAGCUCCGUUUGCAGCAAAGGCAAGAAGAGAUCGAGACGUUUUGUGAAGUGGAGAAAAAUCGGUGGUUGAACUUUAGCAAAAAAAUGAUUAAAUCCGGGAGGACCAGAAAGAGCAUAUUCGCUUCUCCAGAUGCUCCCGAUGGCCGCGUCGGUGUCGGUACAUGUGGAAUUGGUGGUCGACCGAUGACCAAAUUUACAGUUCUUAACCACACAGCGCACAAGAGUUAAACGGUAUUGGUAUAUGCAAUACAU